CAACGCUGAUUCAUCGUCUCAAAACGCAUAAAUUCGCGCCGCACCGUAGCAAAGGAUUUCCAUAGCAAUGGCGGUCAGCGAGCUAGCUUGUACCUAUGCUUCUUUGAUCCUUCACGACGAUGGCAUCCCAAUCACUUCGGAGAAGAUUGCUACAUUGGUAAGCGCAGCAAAUGUUUCGAUCGAGUCUUACUGGCCGAGUCUCUUCGCUAAGUUAUGCGAGAAGAAGAGCCUUGAGGAUCUCAUCAUGAACGUAGGUGCUGGCGGUGGUGGUGCUGCUGUUGCCGUUUCUGCUCCCUCCGCUGGUGGUGGUGCUGCUCCAGCUGCCGCCGCGCCUGCAGCCGAAGAGAAGAAGGAAGAAGCAAAGGAAGAGAGUGAUGAUGAUAUGGGAUUCAGCUUGUUUGAUUAGGAAACUUGUUUCAAUAUGUAAUGGUUCUUUCACAAACUUGAGUAACCUAUUCGAUAGUAGUUUUCUGUAUUUUCGUUUUCCAGUUUUUGGGAUUUUGUACUUGAAUCUACAAUUUCACACAGUUUUCUUAUGGAAUCUAAGUGAAAGCUUUGAUUUUUGUUUU